AUGGAAGAAACUCCCAUCUCAAGUUCAAGAUUCAUCUCCGGUAUUGACAUCCGCGGCGACGAAAGACAGAGACUCGAUCCUCAAAGAUCCGUAUCCACCCCAAAAAGACAUGAUACAGAGAAAUGGAUACCACUCAAUCUCAGUCCCCGCGUGAUGAAAAAGUACAUGUUAUAUGACGACAGGUGGGCCCCAAAUAUGCAACCUGAACGGCGCGAUGGGUGCACUCGGAACUACGUGGAGAAGCUGAGAUCCCAACUGUGGUCAUACUUCGGAGAAAGACAACUUCCACGAUGUCGAUCAUGCUACAUGACUACGAAGCACCGAGGGGUCCUCCCGACAUCCAAAGUACCGACAGGGUUGGAGAAAGUUGAACUCAUGCCGUGCGGAUGUCUGCCAAUUGACGGAAUGGCCGAGGAGAUAUUCGUGAGGAGAGGGUUGCUAUCCACACUAGACAGGAAGCUGAGGCUCGCGGGCCGUCGGAAACCACACCUUGAUCAUGAGUCAAAAUUGACACACCUGGGUCUCGUUCACAGAACGCUAUUCAUGCGAUUCCUGGAAUGGAUCUUUGGCGGCAACCUUGAACCAGAAUUUCUGGUGUCAAGAAGAGAGCGGGCUCUGGCAAUGCUGGCAGCAUCGGACCUUCAUCAUUUCGUUAUCUUCAACAAGACAACCGAGGAAGGAAUGGAAAUUUGGAAGAGAUUCAACGAAUAUCGGGAAAAGAUCGAUUCUGCAAACGAUGGAUGGAGGGCGUACUCGGUACAGGAAGUUGAUGAGGAGGAUGUUUACAUCAAAGUCGAGCCUUAA